AUGGCGUUUACGGUAUUAUUACACCAAAGUUUGUUAUAAGCUUUCAAAAAAGUACGCGUAUUUUUUUAAAUGAGAUUUUGGUAUGGUUAAAUUAAAAUUCAGCAGGGGAACAAAACUAAACCUGGAGAAGAAGAGCUUCCGCCCGAAAAUUUGUGCAUUUUAAAAAUACGAUCAAUUAACUUCUGCUGAAGUUUACUAUAACUUAUACCAUAGUUUUUUAAACUUUAAAAGUGAGUGUUCAACACGAUGCUUUGUUAUUUGACUUGCACUGUAUACUUAUAAUGUAGGCCUACACUAAAAUUUUUAUCAAAGAAAAGUGAAAGAUCGGUAUUAGGUGAACAGAAGGUGACAUCAACUUCAUAUAUGAACUGAGAUGGUUUUAUUCAAUUUUACAUUUUCAUUAUGAUCAUAAGAACCUUUCUGCUUUGCAUAAUUCCUUUGGUAGCUGUAGCAACCAAUACAGAAAGUCUUUCGCACACUUCAACCAUCCAUAGUUUUCGACAUUCAAGUUUGCAGCACCAUUCUGAAUCAACACUGAAACCUGCAGUAAACAUUAGCAAUGGUUCUACCACAGAUUCUGUGUUUGAUACUUGCACCACACACAUUCAUUGUCGGGAACUUCCUGUUCAGUGCAUAAACUGUAGACUCAACGAGACAUGCAUCUAUGGAGAAAAACUCCAAGUGGAAUGUCAAGCUAAAAAUCAUGCAACUUGUCAGGGAAACAACGUAUUUUACAAAGAAAUGAUUUGUCGCUAUUGUUACCAGACCAAUUCAGAUGAGCAUACAUGUGUCAAGAAUACAACUUGUAGAGUAGUGAGCACACCCAGACAGCAGUAUAUUACUCAGUGUAAAGUACAUGAUCAUAUUCUGUGCUUAGGGAACAGAAGAUUUGCCAAGAACUUGUUGUGUAAUUGGACGAGAGGUUAUAGUUGGAGUACAGCUUUGCUUCUGAGCAUCACACUUGGUGGGUUUGGAGUUGAUCGUUUCUAUCUUGGGAUGUGGCAAGAAGGAAUUGGAAAACUUUUUAGUUUUGGAGGCCUAGGGGUUUGGACCUUAGUAGAUGCUGUCUUGAUUGCCACAGGCUACCUUGCACCUGCUGACGGCUCUCUCUAUAUAAUUUGAGUUGAAUUUUCCUGAUAUCGUAAGAUACUGAAGAAAUAGGUUGCAGUCAUGUGACAGUGGAGAGGUUGUAUCGGGACAGUCAGCUUUUAUUCAUUCCAAGUGUAGACCUAAGUAUGUUUCUGAACAUUAUUACUACAGAUGAUGUGACCUAUCAUAACAGCGUGUAUUUUAUAUGUCAUUCUCUACUGGUGAAAUCUUUGCUUAUAAUAGUCCAAAUACAAAAGUUAAAAAUCUAUAGCUGGUGUAGCCUCUAAUAUUUAAACCUCAGUGAGAAUUUGUUAGCAUUUUAUUUAUUAAAUUUACUUAAAGGAAUAUAUGUUGUCAAAUGAAAGUUGUAAAUAAAUUUUCAUAAUAGGUUUAUGUCGCAUCAGUUAAGUGUAAUCACAUAUGUCCACACUUUGCUCUUCGCUACAUUAACAACUUACCAAAGACACUGUCAGUGUGAAUAAGAUUAAUCUUGCACAUCUAACGUGUAGAACCAAAUUUUUGUGAUAUAACGUGUAGUUCUAUGGUUUUAUAAAGUUUUAGAUAAAUUAGUUAAUUUGUUUUACAGUAUUUUGUUUUAAACAUCAUCAAAAAUAUUUCUUUUUAACUGUGAUUUCCUUGAGAAGUUAGUGUUUGUUAAUAGUAAAUUGAAACAGAUAACUGACAGAAUGCAUUUGUAUUGUAAUUUCUCAUAGUAUGAUACAAAAUUUUUAAUUGGAAACCAUCCAGAUAACUAAAAAUAUUGCUUUAAAUUUAAUAAAAAUGUUGAAGUUUGAUAGGUAUAUGUUUGUUUCUCAAGACAGACACUAUAUGUUCAAAAAUACUAACUUUAGGCCUAAUCCAAAAGAAAAAUCUAUCAUAGGUGACUUUGUAAAAAAAAACAACAACAGAAAUUUGAAUAAAUGUUGUUUUAUUUCUA